UGCUGCCUCUUGGGUCACCCAGGGGCUUCAGCCCCGGUAAGCCCCUGCAUUAAACCGGCCCUGUGCACCACCUGCAUGGUUAUUCAUCAAGCUACAAAGUCUAGAAGUCAUAGGUAUCCUGUGCCACAUGUUGAUUUUCAUCUGAGAGAUCUAGCUCUUUACUAGGGUAGACCGUCACUGUUAUUUUAUUUCAUAAGCUAUGUGUAUUUUAUGACCAAAAGUAGUCAGGACAAAGCUGGUGUCUAGUCUGAUGUUCCAGUCGUUUACUUUGAAGGUCGAUCUAGAUUUUUAUGUUAACACCAGUGUUUACUCCUGACUUUUAUUUUGAAGACGAAGUAUGGGGAUUUGGAAGUCGGAACUAGCAGUUCUGCAAGCUGGUUCAGCGGGGCCUAGCUUGGUCACCCCAAGAUGUCACGGAGCAGAGGGGCAGCCAGAGUUCUCCCGGGCCUGGAUAGGAGGGUUCUUCCAGGAGAGACCUGAAUCCCUUCCUCGAGGACGCUCUGCUACAGGGAUACCUGAGGAGACACCUGCCCAGUGAGACCUGUGUGUGUUUGGGGAGCAGUUGGUGCUUGGGUUGGGUCGGGAGUGAGGUCAGUUGGGGACCAAUGAUCCCUGGGGUUGCCAUGUCGAACGCAUCGUCACCUCCCCCGCCUGGCUACACAUGAAGGACCUAUCAGCACAGGAGGGGCUGGUCGCCAUCAGAAACGAGAGGACAUACGUGGAGUGGUGUUGGGAGAUACCUGACCCUUACACACCCUAAAACCUCACCUAUUAACCCAUAUUUUCCCAAACCUGUCCUGUGGACCCCAAGGUGUGAACAUUUAGGUUUUUGUCCUCGCACUACACACCUGAUUCCACUUAUCAACUCCUCAUCAAACCUUUAUGGAAUCAGGUGUGCAAUGUUAGGACAAAAACAAACAUCUGUACCCUUUUGGGUCCUCAGGACAAGGAUUAAGAAAUGCUGCCCUCACUUGACGGUCACCAACACAGAGAAUAUAAAAACAGUAACAGUAAUCUCAGAAGCUACUCAUUGGAAUUUUGUGACAUGGCAUUAUGAAAAUUCCAUGCAUAGAGAGUUACAUAUUCAUAUACUAAUGAUGAUGUUGUUCCAGUCGUGUAUACCAGAUGUGUAAGCUGUACCUGUACUCUCCCUCCUCUGGUCUCUACGCCUGUCCUCUGGCUAUGACUGAUGGAGCUGCCAAGGUUAUACAGGGCUACAUCGAGGACACAGGACUACCUGCAAUUCUCAGAGAUGCUCAGGUGUUGAGUAUCUGGGAGGGGACCACUAAUAUUCUGUCUUUGGAUGUGCAUCUCUCGGAGCUCAGGCCUCGUACUGCAGGCCUACGUCACACACAUCCAGACCUUCCUGGCAGCAGCCUUCCUGUCUGUGAGAUCAGUAGACCGCACCUUCUUUGUUCUGAGAAAGUUUGUGCAGGCCUCAGCUCUCAAACCACCUGGCUACCUGGAGCUGGCAUCACGAGACUGGCAUCACGAGACUGGCCAUACAGCCUGGCACGCAUCUAUAUGGGUGCUCUGCUCAUUGGCCAUGCCUCAUGGGAGGGAGCUUCUCACUCUGACAUCUAUGCUGCUCUCCGGUAAACAAAACAAACACUUUCCUGAGCCAACACUUGCACUUGACCCCCCUCCCCAACACCACCACCACCACCACCUUCUAGCUCUGACUUUGCUGAUAGCUACUUCAUUGAGGAAAAGUGUACUUAUUGGGACAGUGAUAUGUGCUUGUUCCACCUAACUAUCUCAAGAUUAAUGCACUAACCGUAAAUCACCCUGGAUAAAAGCACCUGCUAAAUUACUAAAAUGUAAAUGUAAACACACAUCAGUCCCCACUACCUGUCCUCACUAGUCCCUCGUCCUUACUUCUUGUAGGCUAAUAGUUCUAGUAGUAACUGUGUGUGUGCAGUGUUUGGCGGAUUACUUGAAAAAUGUAAUCCUUUACCGAUUGUUAUAGUUACAUGAAAAAGAAUCUGUAAAGUAAUAAUUUACUCAAAAAGAGUAACGUAAUCUGAUUACUAUUGGAUUACUUUAAUUUCUAAUAUUUAGGCUACUGAUAGUUUGCCGUGUAAUUAAUAUUAGUACAUUUAAAGUCCUAUGGACUCACCUUGAAUUGAAAUCCUGACGUGAGUGCCCUUUGUUCAAUAUUUGUUGAUAAAUCAAAUUCAGACCUACAGAAAGACCCUCUUCUACAGUAAAAUAGUGGUUGUUUUAAGACAGUGUUUUUUUAUUUUGAUUUAACCUUUAUUUAACUAGGCAAGUCAGUUAAGAACAAAUUCUUAUUCACAAUGAUGGCCUACCAAAAGGCAAAAGGCCUCCUAUGGGGACUGGGA